UACAUUAUUCUGGCAUGUAUUUGUGGUUUUUUUAACAAACAAAAAUAGAAAUGUAGCUUUCGUUAACAUAAACUACAAUACAAUAAAAACAUCAUCCUUUCAAUUCAGGGGGCUUCAAAGGGGAUAAACAGAGGCGUAUGGAGUAUAUUAAUUAGCACUUUUCGGCAAUUAUUUAUGAGUCCUUUGUAUUACUUUGUCAUUUAUUACAAACACUAAGCUAAAUGCACACCAGAGAACUGCAGUUUGUUUCUUCGAGUUUUCACAUAUUAUUUAUUUGUUUUCACAUAUUUAUCCUAUAAUACCUUGUUGAUCUGACAAUUAAGGACGAAUGACACAAACAAUAAAUACAGGACAAACGAGUUAUUACAAAGAACGCGAACGUACUUUGAUAUUGAAAAUAAUUCCAGGGUCCCAAAACAAAAGUUCUCAUCACCUCCGAAGACUGGGUGACGAUGGAUACUUCAAGUCGAAGCCAUCAUACCGCUCUUUCCAACCGGUAUCCAUUCGAUAUCACAAGUCUACCUACCCAAGGUCCGAUGAUCGAUCUGAUUAUGACAUAACUUCGUAUGAUACGGAGUACGGAGGAGUUGUCUCCAAUUUUACGUCUUCCAUUUAUGAUGACAAUCCUCAGUUGUAUCCUAACCCGGAGUUUGUGGCGCGGAGUAAUCAGGUUAUAAGUAAGAACGCAGACAACAAGGUAGACAUUGAGCCAGAUCUACCUGAUGAUUCCUUGGCUGAUGCAGAUCUGAAGGAACAUAACAUUAUAGACAGUGUAACGUACUUGUACGGAUUCAACAACUGUCACGGAGUAAGAAAUGAAUGGAUGAUCCUGAUCUUCAUCACAAGCGGCAUAGCAGUAGUCCUACUGAUCAGUGCAGUAAUGUGGCUCAUGUGGAGUGAGUACGCAGCUGAAUUCCGUCGCAACAGCAAGUUGUAUCCCAUCAAUAUUAACUUGUGUUGCUGUUUGGCUGCUUGCACCAUUAUUUAUAUACAGGCUGUGAUGGGGGUAUCAUCUCCCUCUCAAUGUGAGAGGAUAGCCCUCCUCCUACAUUAUACGCACGUCUCUUGUGCUAUGUGGAUAGUAGCACUCGCGGCUGCCGUGGCGGAGUACUGUGCUUGUGACACUCUGUUGCCACUGAAGUAUAAUUAUCUGCUGGCCUAUGGAGUACCUGCUGUUGUUGUCAUGUUCAAUUACGCUCUCUCAAUGGAGCACUAUGAAAUAAAACACUACUGCUGGAUGUCCAUCGAAAAAGGCAUGGUUAUGGGCUUCAUGGUCCCAGCAAUGAUCCUCAUCUUAAUAAACACAGCCAUAAUAAUUUUGGGCUUACAAAGCGUUAAUAAGAAGCAGGCGGAAACGUUAACAGCGAAAAUACAGGAGCUAGUGGACCACCACAUAGCUAAUUGGCCAAAAACUGAUGGUGGCCCAAUGGAUGAUAAAAAUGGCAGUAUUGAUACGUUAGAUAAUAUCUACACUCCAGGCAGUAGUAGGAAGAACACGGAUAGUUCUGAGACCCUUGACAAAGAUUACAAUGGAAGCGAAGACGAUUGCCAUUACGUGAACAUCGCAAUACCUGGUGAAAAUGGUGAAACUGGGAGUGAGCCCAACUUAGCUCAAGCUGCGAAGGCGAUGCACGACAAGAGCCUCCUAAACAUGCUAUACAUGGACAAUAUCUCUUGGAAGUGGACUUGGAACACUGAAGGCAAUGAGCUGAAGACCUAUCUGAACUUGUGCCUUGUAUUGGAACCAUUCUUUGCCAUCAAUUGGGUCAUGGGAGUUGUAGCUAUUGAGAAUGCGGCGCAUUGGUCUACUCCGACGAUUUAUUUGAUACUUGUCGUUGUUAUGUAUAUAUACUUAACUACGACAAUAUGUACAACGUUGCCGAUCGUGCGUCCGAAAACCACAGCGCCAUGCUGUGAGGCCGUCAUCAGUGAACCAACUCUUACUAGAAAUAGGACUACUGACAGUAUUCCGUUACUGGACCCAACAAUCCAGCAACCAAUUGUGACACCGGCACCAGCGGACACUAUAAGUACUAUCAGUAUUUAAGUCACAUGCCACACGCUGGUUUAAUCAGUUCAGUCACAGUAAUGACUUUGCGUGUUAUGAAACACGUGCGAAAUUCGAUUGGCAGAUCUUCUGCUUUCAAAGGUAACCAACUAGCUUCACUGGUUUUCAGUGCAGAGCUAAAAGACAGGAUUGUAACUUGACCGUCUGGAUACACAGAGGCCCAAAUGGCUACACAGAAAAAUGAGAUUCAUUCAAUCACAUUUUGGUCAAUAAAAAUUCAAGUUUGCGUAUUAUUUGUUAAAAAGGGUGUAAUACAAAAACACAACAAAGCCUCUGUAUGUAAUAUGCCGUCGUUAUGGGUUAGGAUAGGGUUUUGAAAGACCAUAAUUUUAUUAUUAAGGUAGCUGUGACCAAAGACCUUUAAUAAGGUCUUUAGCUGUGACUUUGUGAACGUCUUUUUUAUUUUUUUUUCCGUGGAAUUAAAUUAGUAUACAGUUCAUGAAAAUGAAUGAAACUUUUGUUUUCAUCGCGAAUGUAUAGUUCUUAGGAAUAAUUGAAUUUAAGAAAAUCCCUGCCUUUCGCUGUGAAACAGAUUAAAAUUAAGCUUGGUAUUCUAGUAUAAUUUAUUUAUAAUUUCUACUAUUUAGUAGGUGUUAAUUUGCUCUGGUAUCAUUCAUAGGUAGGUACUAGUAGCAAAAAAUGCUGCAAUGUUUGAAUUUAUUGUGCCCGCAUUUUUUGCAAACAAGAACAAAACUAAUUAUGAAUAUUGAGUCUACAGUUCUUCCUAUUUGUAACCAAUGAGAGACGAUUUGAGUAAAGAUAUCUUCAAGGCGAUUGGCAAAUAAAUAUUUACUCUUAUAGUUUUGAAACGAGUAACGGUUAAUUUCUUAAAAAAUAACUACCUAUAAGAAAGAUUUAAUGGAUGAGGAAAGUUCUUAGGGCCAACUGUAAUGAGGAAUUGUGUCUUCUUAAUGUUAUAAAUAAAAUAAUUCUUAUUAUUCAUAUCUUAAUAGCAUAAUGUAGAUACUGUAACCCUGAAUAAUUCAGAACAGUAUAAUUAUCUCCCAAGAAAGGCAUUUACAAUUUAAUCCUAAAUAUAAUUCAAAUUAAAUGUGAUUCAUAAAAAAGGAAUUUUAAUAAUAUUAAGUGGUUUAGUGUUGACAUAAGAAAUUUAAUGUAUGUUUAAAAAGUUAAAUAAAUCUAAUCAAUUUUAAAAUAUUGUUAGAUAAAUGCCGUAGUUUUUUGAAUUUUCAAGCUUGUGAUUUUAUUUUUUUGAAACUUUACGCCUGUAUUUUAAAGAGAGGUCGGCAAAAGCAGUGGCGACUUAUACGCACAAUGAUAACUGUUUUAUUCAUGGUGUCAUAAUUGUAACAAAUAAAUAGUACCUAAUCAAUAUUUGAUUCCACUAGAUUUCAAUAAUAUCGAAUAAAUAAAGUCUCUGCUUUUGUUGAACUAAAAUAAAAAAUGUUAAAUCAAUCAUUCUAGAUUUUUUAAAUCUAUCAAUAAGAACUUUUUUACCGCAAAGUUUAUUAUGUCUAAGUUAUAAUCCUAGAAUAUGAAAUGUUACUAAAAAUACAUAUUAUUCGUAUACAUAACCAUUACAUAACAAUAAAUAUUUAACUGAAUAACUCAUACAAACGUGGUCAGUGCUGACAAUAACGAAAUAUUGUCUUAAUAUUAUUUAUGUUUAAAUCAUAAAAAUAUAUUAUAUUACAUCACACAGGGCGUAGCAAGGUUGAUAGCAUAUUGUAAAUGAUACAAAUAAGUUUCUUAAGUAUAAUAAUUGUGAAAGAGACCUUUAAUUGACAAUAAAAUGUAAAGACACUGCCCAAAUCUACAUACUAUCCGAGCUACGCCCAUUUUAAAAUAUAAAUAUGAAUUUUUAUCCCUGGAUAUUGUUAGUAUAACAUUAUGGAGUUAAGUGUUCAUUAAAUAUUUUUUAGAAUCAGAGAUAAAAUUCUACGUAUUAAAUAAAAAUAAAAUCGUCAGAAAAUACGGAAAAUAUUUUAAAAGUUGCCAUGUUACUAAAUUGAAUACCGAAUCGAGGUAAAAAUGUAUGCUAAUUCAAAGUUGUAAUUUGAAUAAAAUACUAAGAAAUUAUUUACAUUUGAUAAUUAUUAAGUAAAAUUUAAUUAUAAUGAUUACCUCGGUCAUGUUACAGCAAUAAAAGGAUAUCAAAAUUUCGUGGUCAGCGUAUUUAAUGUUUGAAAACUUACUACUUUGAUUGUAGUUAAGAUUUCAUUUGUGAUAGAAGAUAGUGUGAUAGCAAUACAUAUUGUUGCCACGAUGUGUUUUAAUAAAUGUUUUAAAAUAUCAUUGAA